AUGGGGGUCAGUGAGCUCGAAUAUUUUGGCUUCUAGAGGUAAUAUUCAGGGGCAAGGUACCGUCUCGUUCGUUGCUAUGGUAAACUCGCCAGCCAACCAGUAACGCAUGCGCACAGGGGGUAAACUAUUUGUUUUUGGAAUUUCGGCUUGCAUGCAAACGUUCGUGCAAAUUAUUUCUCUUCCUGUUCCAAUGGGAUUAUAGGCAACUAAGACAGCUGGGCUAACAUAUCAUAAUAGACCAUUUAAACACCAUGCAUUUGGUUCAAGCGCCUCUGUCUACGGCUACAACGCCUCGCGAAACGGUCACCAACUCUGUUCCCGUCAUGGCACCAACGGCCGAGGGAAACCUCAAGAUAAUGAACACACUGGAGACAAAUUCGGAAGUGAUGUGUUGUCGAUUCAAUCCUGAGGGAGGCCUGUUAGCGGUUGGUUUGGCCAACGGCGUUACUAAGGUCUAUGCGACCGAUACAGGCCAUUGUGUUUACAGCCUUUCGGACCAAGACACUUUUAAUAGCCAUUUGCCGGUGACUUGCCUUCGGUGGAAGCCGACAAAAGAAGGAGACAGUUACGGAAAUAUGUUGCUAGCAACUUAUGCUGAUGGUAAAAUAAAAAUAUGGCACAUAUCAACCAGUUCAUGUAUAGGAACAUUAACAGAAGCUUCCAAACAGAUCUUAGCAUGUGCGUACAAUUCUUCAGGAGAUAGAUUUGUCACUGCUGGAUCAGACACCAAGCUGAAUGUGUAUGAUGAGAGAACCAAACAAGUUAUCUGCACAUUGCAACCAAGUUCCUCACACCUGGUAAUGGAUGGUCAUAUGAGUCGUGUAUUCAGUGUGCAGUACACUCCUGGUCAGGACGAUGAAUUCCUGUCUGGAGGUUGGGAUGACACAGUACAGUUUUGGGACACAAGAGUUGACACCAAACAUUCAGUGAGAAAAAUCUUUGGACCCCAUAUCUGUGGGGAUGCACUAGACAUCCAGGCACUAAGUAUGUCAGGUUCCAGUCGGCAAAUCCUCACAGGAUCAUGGAGGAAAGACAAAACUCUUCAGAUCUGGGACUAUGGCUCAGGCAAGCUCUUAAAAGAUGUGCCCUCUGAUUAUAAUGGAAGUAUGCUGUACUGUGUUCAAUGGCAAGGUCCUGAUAGCAUCCUAGCAGGAGGAAGUGACAACAAUAUGAUGAGAUGUGUGGAUCAAGGAACUUUUCAGACCACUGGACGGCUUGUAGAUCUUCCACGUGCUGUGUAUACUGUUGAUUAUGAGAGACAUAGCCAUCAUCCAAUCAUUGCUGCAGGAACUUCUAACUUUAUUUAUCUUGUAAAGAGGACAUGAGUUUACUAGCGGUUACACAUCUAUUCAUUUUUGACUCUUAUACAUGUUAUGUCAUGAUAUUGUAGGCAUUCUUAUCUACAAAUUGACCUUAAAAUUCAAUGUCAAAACCUUGAGUCUAGAAUAGGUGUAUUAACUUUAUUUUUAAAACUGAGGGGGUAUAGAAAUUCUAUUUAAAAGGCCACAGUAACACAAUUAUUAAGUCUUCACUGUGCAUUUUAACAUGGCAGACUCCAACGUUCGAAUCCUUAGACUAGGUAAAAGCUGUCACCAAUUUGAUCAUUGUUACUUAAUAAAAGCCAAUGGACUCACAGAGAAGAUAAAGAAACCCUUCCCCAAAAGUAUAUGUAGCCAUAAACUUUUCAGUUGUGAAGCGAAUCCGAUAAGCAGUGACCAACCUCCCAAAGUAUUAACUUCAAAUAUUUUUGGAAGAAUAUAGUUUAAGGAGAAUUCCAACAAGUUUAAUCCACUUGCUCACAGUACCAUCUAAUAGUAUCAGUGAAUGUAUACAGCUGCCUCUUCUACCUGAACAAUGUUUUAAAAUUUUUUUAAAAAAUUUAAUAUGAAGGAGUUGGAUUUUAAUUGUCAGAUAAUUUCUUGUUGAUCAGGGAAAUUUGUGUUAUUUAAGAAGUUAGUUUAGGUUACUCUCCUAUGUGCCUGUCAGCACUAAGCGCAGUGACAAAGUUUCUCCACUCUUGUCUGUUGUGUGCUUGUUUCCGUCGGUGAUUCCCCAAGCAUCAUUUAGGAUGUUCAGCUCAGCUUUGACCAUUCCCCUCCAAGUUGUCUUUGGCCAUCAACAAAUUCUCCUCUCUUCAGGAAUCCACUGGACUGCUGUUAUUAUUUAUGAGAGAUUAUCUUUUUAAUUGACAAUAUCUGCAUAUAUUGGCACACUCAGUGGUCAUUGAAAUAUCAUUUAGAUGUUUAUUUGAUUGAAACAUGGACCUGUGUAUAUUGUAAAUUUGACAUGAUGCUCUUGCCAUUGACGACUGAAGUCUUAUUCAUAGAAACUCUCUUUGUCUUACUUCAAUAUCUGCUCAAACUAAAAAUUGAUAUUUUGCUCCUGUUAAUCUAAGUAUUGUGUGGAUCACAUAAUCAUAAAAACAAUGGUUCAGCAAAAAAAAGGAGUGCUGAAAAUCGAACAUUGUAAUCAGUUAAAUAAAGUUCUGUAAAUUUAGAGUUGCUUUUAUUCUUCAUACAAUUAAAUGCAAAUAAUAUAUACAGGAACUCAAGUCAAGAUCUAUCAUGUUUUAUGAUAUUUAAAUGUUAUGUACUACUAGUAAGAACAUUUGAGAAAAAAAAAAUAAAGUGAUUAAAUUAUUAUUA